AUGAAUGAGGUUGGCCAUGGUCGAUGCCAUCCGACCCGAGUGCCACUGUGGAAGCUGGACCAGACUAACUGGCCAUCGUUCACCUCUCUCUUUGAACUUGAUCCUGCCAUCGUCUGUCUGCCAUCAGUAGACGACUGUGUUGUUGCAGUAAGUGACUCUAUUGUCCAGGCGGCAGCUUGUUUUAUUCCUAAGACCUCGACAUGUUUUCCAUGGAUUCCUGAGGAAAUAGCCACACUUCUCGAUGAAGAUGUCCAAGACAAUUGUCUGGAAGCUAAAACCAACGUAGUUUUUCUCAAAACUCAUAAAGCUGCUAGUUCAAGUAUACAGAACAUCUUUAUGCGUUAUGGAGACACUCAUGAUCUCUUAUUCGUUCUACCUUAUUACGGAAAUUACUUCGGUCAUCCUCAACAAUUCCACCAUUCCAUGGCUCCCAGAUUGAAACCUUCCGCUGGUAAAACUCAUUACAAUAUUUUCACACACCACACCCGGUUUAACUACGGGGAAUUAAAACGUCUAAUGCCCAAAAAUACCAUUUUUGUUACCAUAUUGAGAGAUCCAGCAGAACUAUUCGAAUCUUUAUACUCAUACUACUCGCUUGAAAAUCUAUACAAUGAAUCAAUACUUACUAUCGGUUUUAAUACCUCUAAGAAAGUACUGGACAGAAGAUAUGGUGGAAAAAUAGGUAGGAACCAAAUGUCUUUUGAUUUAGGGUUGAGUCCCUCACGUUUUUUUAACGUUAUAACUAUUGAGCAGUUUGCUCAAAAGUUAGAUAAAGAGUUUGAUUUGGUUAUGAUCGCUGAGCAAAUGGAUAAGUCUUUAAUUCUUCUCAAAAAUCUUUUAUGUUGGAGCAUUGAUGAUGUAGUAAUUUUUAAGCUAAAUGCUCGAAGCGAUAAAUUUGUUAAACCCAUAACUGCAGAUAUACGCCAACGUCUUCAAGAGAUUAACUCGGCUGAUCAAGUCCUUUACAACUUCUUCAAAAAGAGGUUAGCCGAAAAAAUCCACGAAUUUGGCAAAAGAAAAAUUGUAGCAAGUGUUAAAAAACUCAAAAAAAGAAGACAAGAAUGGUUUAACUACUGUGUACAAGGAGAAAAUUUGUUAAUCAAUACAGAAGAGGCUAAAAAAGUUUAUUAUGCGAAUCCCAAGGUCAUGAAACUGAAACCAAAAGAGGACAAUGUAACGUGCAAAAAAAUGACGGACCAAGAGCUUUAUUACACGAAUAAACUUCGAAAAAAGCAAAAGCUUUGGGUCAUGUAA